AUGGAGAAAUUCUUCAAACCAAUCCCAAGAACGAUCCGUCAAAAAUUUCGACUCACGGGUGAAUUUGUUCACGGCGAGGCGUACACGGUGCGGGCCUUUGGGGAAUCCGGAAAGGUAUUCGCCGGGUUCUGGAGGAGCGCAUCGACAUCCUCGUUCCAGCAUUCGGCGCAAUCCGGAGACACCCUCAACUACGUGAUCGAAAGAUUCGCGACGCUCACCAUCCCAGCCACGGACACGCGUUUUCAUAUUCAACCGGGCUCGAUCAUCAUCACGCCCAAGGGAGUCCAAGUCUACUGGAAGAUCGAGGGGCCGUUAUUCAAGACAUUCCUCUUCAUCUGGGACGGCUCCCAGCCAGCCACUCGCCCAUUGACCGAAGUGCAAGUGCAGGAAAUCACGACGGAGUUCCAGGGCUAUCGCUACUGCGAGCCUGCACACGGCCCUUUGGUCGCGGGAGAGCUCCGUUACCUGCAGCACAGUGGGUCACACGGAACGAUCAUGAGUGGGAUCUGGCGGGGAGAGAAGGUGAUCGCUGGCUCGAAUGUGGAGGCGGAUGGUAUGAUUUCGGCGUCAUAUACCACUGUGCUAGUGGAUGAAACCAUUUUCCUGCUGGAAGGUGAGGUCUAA